CGUCACGAUACAACAGACCGUCUCUACAUAUUCGACCAUAACAUUAGAAUCAACGCGACGACGCGACAACCAGAACUUUUGAACGCAGCAUCAACGCAAGAAUUAUAAUAUUACAAUAGCAAUAAGGUAUACAGCAGGUCGAGCAGGAAUCGAUACUGAUUAUCCUUGAAAGCCGCUGUUUUGUUUCAGAUCUCAGUUUGCAGUGACAAUGCCGCCCUUACAAGACAUAUCCCCGUUCUCCAGCGAUGAGAGCAGCGAAAAUUCAAGGGCAGAGUUGUCGACAACGUCUUCCUUACACGAAGAGUUACACGAAGAGUUACACGAAGAACAUGUAGAUUUAGAAGUACCCAGUGGAGUGGUCACCGCAAACGACGCAACCACCACCACCAAAGGCAGUAGCAGUACCGAUAGCAGCAUUCAUGGGCAAGAAAUAGCAGACAGCGGCAAUGACAACGACAACGAUAACAACAAUGAUAACAACAACGAUGGCAUCCACUUGARGUGGUCCCGAAUCACCAAAACAGUGACCAUAAGGGCAGACAACUCGGGGCUUCUACGGGGAUCGAUCGCGGCACCAACACCCCAAUCAAGGGAAGACUUUCGGAAGAUGAUGAAAAAACAAUUGAGUAUUGGAAACAGUAAUGGCGAUCGACAGAGGAAGAAAACUAUUCUGAGCGAUGUUUCUGGAUAUGCCGCUCCCGGUGAGAUUUUGGCCAUGAUGGGGUGAGUUAUGACUUMAGGCUGGUAUGCUUGUAUUCAAAACGAUUGUCGAAACCAAUUAGUGCACAGUUUGUUACAMCGUCGGAUCMAAACCAAUCACGUGUUCGUCUUCGUAAUGAAUUCUAACAGGACUUUAAUCGACUUUUUUCCCACCCACCAAUAAACUCAAAACACCCGUUUUGCACUUUGUUUUGCUCCGACACAUAUAGCCCCUCUGGAUCGGGAAAAACGAGUUUGCUAAAUUGCCUGAGUGGAAGGAAUCCCUACAAUGCGGGGGUCGUCUCCGUCAAUGGAAAACCGCUCGGUGGAGCGGACAUGAAGCGGCUGAUGGCUAAAAUUGCGUAUGUGAAACAAGCCGAUAUUUUUUUCGAACACUUAACCGUGAGGGACCAGCUCGGAUACACGGCCAUGUUGCGAUUGCCACAAAAAUGGACCAAAGAAAAGAAACUUGACGAGGUUGAAGAGAUUAUAMGGCUUUUGAGACUUACCAAGGUUGCCGAGUCAAAAAUUACAAUGCUCAGCGGGGGCGAAAAGAAAAGAGUCAACAUUGGAACCGAACUACUCACGGAUCCAGCGGUGCUGCUGCUGGACGAACCUACCUCGGGGUUGGAUUCCACAAGCGCCGUGGCUUUGAUUCGAAUGCUGCAAAAGCUAGCAAGGAGUUCGCACAAAACGAUAAUUACUAGCAUCCACCAGCCAUCUUCCGCCCUAUUCCAUUCCUUUGAUCGAUUGAUCAUGCUGGCCGAGGGACAUGUUGUUUACUUUGGCAGGCCAAGAGAUUCGUUGCAGUAUCUGCGGAGACAUAAGCUUGAUUGCCCCGAUGGGUAUAAUGCAGCAGAUCACUGGAUGGACCUGUUGGUACAAGACAGCGCCAUAGAACAUGAGAAUGAAGAUGAAGACGACUGUGCUGUUCAUGUCGACUCAUCGCCAUUAACAGCGUCUUCUACCGUCGAAUGUGAUGUUCCCAGCGAACGCCAAAACAAAAUGAAAACGACAAACGAUAAUAGCAGAAAGAGAAGUACUGCUCAGCCACGACCAGAUCGAAAGCGUGGGAUAGGCAUGACGAAGAGAGAACGAUUGAUUGGGGUCUGGGAUGGAGAAGCUGUGGCGGAGCAAAUUGACCUUUUCGUAGAGCAACGACAGACCAACAAUCGGCUCUCACAAGAAUUGGUAUUGGCAGACACGAAUAAGAAAAAAACUGCCCAGACGCAAAAAUCAAAAUACAAUACCAAAUGGGGGUUUCAAUACAAGACGCUUGUCCAUCGAUCGCUGAAGAAUUCACAGUCUGCCAUUUUUACACCCAUCAAUCUCGUGAAGAGUUGCGCGCUUGGCCUGCUUUCAGGUUUGCUGUGGUUCCGAAUGAGCUACACCGAAUCACGAAUCUUCGAUCGAUCGUCCUAUUUCUUUUUCACCAUGACAUUUUGGGUUUUUGAUGCCAUGUUUCAAUCCUUUCUACUAUUCCCGAGUGAACGUGCCGUUGUCCUCAAAGAGCGUGCUAGCGGUUCGUACCAACUGUCGGCAUACUUUAUGGGAAAGACGACGAGUGAAAUGCCGGCUAGACUUGUCUUACCUCUCAUCUACAUGGUGAUAAGUUUCUGGAUGGCUUCCAUUAGUGAUCAAUUUUCCAUGUUCCUUGGUACCACAUUCAUCUCGCUUCUGAGCGUCAUGGCGGGCGAAGCUAUCGGAUUGCUGGUUGGUGCCACCAUUUACGAUACGGAGAAGGGAAUGACCGCGAUGACUGUAAUAGCGCUGUUUCUGGCCCUGGUCGGUGGUUUCUUUGUCGAAAACGUACCCUCGUUCCUGGUCUGGUCGAAAUACCUUUCGCCAUUCAAGUACUCCUUUGAUGCGUCAUUACAACUUGUCUUCGACAAACCGGUUCCGUGUGACGGGAGCGGCGUAGUCGAAAGUAUCUGCCAUGGAUCUGACGAGGGGACCAUAACUCCCGACGAAGUCCUCGAAUUUUUGGGCGUUCAGGGCAGUGUUGGUUUCAAUGUUGGCAUCCUGGUGACGAUCGUAAGUUUUUGCAAUAUUUCGUUUUGACGGAACGGGGCGCAUUUUGAUUGUAAACACAGUUGUUCUCACCUCUGUUGUCUGAAUGCUUUCAUAUGUUUGUUUUGUCCUACGAACACAUAGGGUUUGGUACCCAGGUACUUAGCCUAUUUGGCUCUGCGGGGGAAGAAAGAAGGUGAUCGGUAGAUGCGAUGCAUAUUUCCUUCGCUUCAAUCAUUUGUGACACAGUACGAAUCAGAGCAUUUCGUUCGGAGAAAGAAAGUGAUCGGURUUUAAUACCGUCGAUUCUGCAUAAACAUCAUACAGGAAAAUWUAAUAAUCAAUAGAGAUAAAUCGUACAAGUCUUAAAAAAUGUUCCGUAUCCGUAGCAUAGUAGAUACGGUCAUUACGAUACAGGAAAUUGAUAGUGUUCAAAAUGAAAACAAGAUGAAUUACAACCGGACAAAGGUUCCGAAAUCAAUUAUUUGUGUUGCACCAUAAGACCUUCAGGGUUUGCAUUGCUUUGCCGUAGUAACCCCGUUGAAGUUGUGAAGAACGGUGAAGUGGCACAAAAGCGUACUAGUAGGAAUGGAGUCGGAUCUGYUUAUCCGAAGUACUGUACUGUACAUAAUAGGCCACAAGAGACCGUUUUCGGAUUUUUCUUAACAGUUGUGUCGCACCAAAGAAUUGCUAAAAUUGCUCGGUUCCGAACUAGAAGUACUAUAUAUUGAAAGAGAUAAAAUCUUUCAGAAUGAAGUUUUAAGGCAGAUAAUGCAGUACUGUUCUUGUAUUGAUUAUUAAAACGUCAUUACAGUACUGCUACAUGGUGUUCGAGAGCAGAGAAGCAAAUGGAUGAAACGGUGUUUUCAAAUGUUCUUUCCAAACAUGCUAAAUAAUAACAAGAAUGAURAGGUCUUGUACCAGAUCAACACAGUAUUGACGUUGGACAGAAAGAGGUAUUGAAUCGCAGUUGUUCGCGCAUGAAGGAUCGAUCACCGCCAUUCACAGUGGUUUUCAUUAACAACGACUGUGACUGCAAAUGAUAAUAAAUCCCUCACAGUGAAAUCCUCGUCGUAAAGCUGCUCCAUUUAUUCAUCGCCAGUAGUGCCAAAAAUCAUGUGUGCCAACUGAAGAUAGGAGACCUCGCCAUUCUCAACUUCACAUUCGUCCAUCAGGGUAGCAAAUUCUGGCUCGGAAAGCUCUUCUCCCAUGGAUGUCAACAUGACCUUAAGCUCCCCCACGGGAAUGGUUCCGGUUCCGUUGGUGUCAAAGGCCUGGAAAGUUUCGAUAAUUUCAUCGACGGUGUCGUUCGUCUUAUCGAACUUUCCUCCCAUAAAUCUCUGGAAUCCGUUCAAAUCGAGACCGCUCUUUGYUUCUCCCUUCCAUAAUGCAAGAUCGGCUUCACUGGGGUUGAGGCCACCGGCACGACAUGCAGCCCCGAUUUCUUUCGACCCGAUGCUUCCAUUUUUAGCAUACUUGGUGAACACUGUCUUCAUUUGGGCUUCUUGGUUUUCUGUGAGUGGCAUGUUUGGAUGGUGUCUUCGGUAUCUUGUGAUGUACUUCUAUUCUGUUCGACUCUUUGGAAGUGUACGAGUACUCGUGUCUAUUCAUUACAAGAAUGUUUAAUUGCUGCGGCGACAGCACAAACACACAUACGCGAAGGAUAAAUUCUUCAUUUUCCCGUGUGGCAAGACAUCUUCUCAACG